AAAUAAAUUGCUUCCUGUGGCACUGUGGUGUGUGUGUGUGAGAGAGAGAGAGGGAGGCAUGACGGCGAGAGGGACUGCUAGCCGCUUCCUGCAGAGUGUCUUGCAGAAUGGGGUGGGCAGGUACAUCUGCCAGCUGAAGAGGCUCAGCCUUGUGUUCAGCAAAGAGGCUCCCAGCAGCAGAGGGGUCAGAGAGUUCAUUGAAGAAGGCGUGGUAGACUUUGCAAAGCAGAAUCCUGGGAUCGUGGUGUAUGUCACGGCAAAGCGCUGUAAUGUUCCGAAGCUGGUCGGGGAGUACUUGAACGGAGCAGUGAAGGAAGAGGCCCUAAACAGCAAGACAGCGGAGGAGGUGGGACAGCUGCUUCAGAAGAUGGUCAAUCAGUCAGGCCUGGACAUAAUCCGCAUUCGCAAACCGUUUCAUACAGACAACCCGAGCAUACAGGGCCAGUGGCAUCCGUUCACUAACAAAGCCAGCAUCCUGAAUGUGCAAGACUUCAAAAAAGAAAGAGAGGGGCCAGCCAGCAGCCUCUGAAGCAAAGUGAUGAAUUUAACCAGGCCUGGGUGAAUGGACUGAGUUACAUAAACCUAAUGUUCUUUAUUUAAAUAAAGCAAAACUCCCAAA